AUGUGGUCGAACCCCUUGAUACUGUUGGGAAUAUUAACUACUUCGAUCGUUGGGACGUUGGCGCAAGCAGGUGAUGAAGCACGCCAGCAACGAGAGCGAAAAGUUGUGGCCCUUAACAGUGAGUCAGAAACAGGAACAGCGGAGAAACCAACGAAAACCACAAUCGCUGAUUUGUCAAUUUCUCACGAUGACAUAGAACAUUACGAUGGAGAAUCAUCACCACCGCCACCUCCACCACUUACACCGGGAGAUGAAUAUAUGCCAGAAAAGCCAUCUCCUGAAACGUGA